UCCAACUUUGCAGGCACAAUGGCUAUACAGUUAUUCGUGUCAGUCGCCCUGUCUGAUGUUCUUGACACCAGUCUGACACCAGCCAUGACAAGCACUUUGUUCAACUGUGUGAUACAGUGUUACUCAAGCACUGGAUGUUCCUCCAUCUUCUACAACAAAGCGACUCACCAAUGUGCAGUGUCAUCGCACGUGUAUCGAGAUGGCGACAGUGUUCUAGCAUCUUCAACGGGAAUGAAGCUGUACACUUGGAAUCAAGCUGGGUGUUCGUUAUCAGCUGGCUGGAUUUACCACCGUCCCUCAAAUCUCUGCUACAAGCGCAGUGAUUACAAGGUGGACAUAACUACGGCGGAGACCGCGUGCAGAGAUGCUGGAGCAAGACUUGUUGUCGUUGACACCGCCGAGAAGAACGCUCAUCUCCUAACAUUACAUCCGACUUCAGGUGAUCGUUCUUGGAUUGGGCUUCGCAAAGUCUCUGGAACUUGGAAAUGGAGCAAUGGAGAAACACUUGGGCCUUUCAAUGCCUGGAAAGCAAAUCAUCCAAACAAUGGCAAGGAGUGUGGAAUUUUGUCAGGGUACCUUCAAGGAUGGUCAUCAUUUUAUUGUUUAACUGGUCCUAAUAUUAACUAUAUAUGUGACAAAGAGGUAUUCACGUCUUAAGCUUCAAACAAUCUCAACAAGUAUUUAAGUACCCUCAUUUUGCUAAACACGAACAUAUUUAAUCGCCCAGUUUCACCAAGAAUAGCUUUAUUAGAGGCAUAUUUUCCGAUACAAAGAUAAUUUUUAAAAUAGGACGUAUGUACUUUUCCUAUACAUUCAUAAUGUUUUUACACAAGCCUUAACAGCAGAAUACAUACUAGCUACGACAUUAUACAACUUGCCAUGGCAACCUUUUUGUAAGAGCAUAUAUAAUAUUUUUUUCCUUUCCACAAAGGCUUAUUUGGAAUCAAUGAAAGCACAAUAAAAUCGCCCCAUCGCUUUGUUAAAUAUUUAGUACAAAGGGCCUGGAGUGUGAAAGAGUUGUCUGUUACUGAAUAGUUGGAUCUGAAUCCAGCUUGUGCUUCAUGUAUUAAUUCGUUUAUGUCCAUCCAUGAUCGUAGUCUUUUUUCAAGUGUUAACGUGAAUAAUUUCUCAGUUGCAUUUAGCAGGGAUAUUCCUCUAUAAUUGUUGGGGUCAGAGGUAACACCAGAUUUAUGUAUAGGUAUUAUCAGUCCAAUGUUCCAUGCUUCAGGAAAUAUACCGGUAUCUAAUAUUUUAUUAAAUAAAGGUCUCAAGUAUUUAAUAAGAAUUGUUUCUGAAAGUUUAAAAAAUUCUGGAGGGAUUCCAUCUUCACCAGGAGAUUUCCCGAAUUUUAAUCUUUUUAACGCUUCAGCUACUUCUUCAUCAGUAAUAAUAUCUGAUAACAACUCUUCU